AUUGUCGGCUGAUGCCGGCUGAAAGCGAAAGAAAUGCCAUGACAAGAAAAAUUGUCAAAAAUUCUUUAGUGGCCCCACCCCUACCUCUUUCUGGUGGUGAGUGUUUCAGAAUUGGAUAUUGUUUGUUUAUAUUUUCAUUGUAUUUCGUGUGUGCCACUAGUUUUUGCUAGUUUUUAAUCUGUCUUAAAUAAAAAUAAAAUUGAAUUAAAAAAUGUUGCAAAGCACCAUACCUUUUAUAUAAGUUAUAUGAGUUAUAACUAAAAAUGUAAAAUGACUUAAUGAAUAAUGAGUUACAUUAUAAAAUGAGCAAAGGCAUUGCCUGGAGUGUGACAUUCGAGGCUGAUUCCAGUGAUGAUGGGUCUGUCCCUAGAACAUGUAUCUGACAAACUGGAAAUCUGUCACGUCUCUGAGUGACAAUUCACUGUUUGAAGAGAGGAAGAGGCAGACUGCUGUUUGCAAAUCGAUAUGCAAAUAAUUCACAAUGGCCAGUUGUGUGCCAAUCGACCAUGAUUCAUGUCACCAUGCCAAAGCACUUAGCUCUAUACAUACGCCAGUAAGAGUUGAAUGAAAAUCAUUCCAGUGCCCUGUGUUAUGUGCAGUGACAUAUAGACAGUGAUUUAGUUGAGGAGGGGCUGCCGGUAUCAGCACCGACUACCAAUGAAAAGACUGAGUUCGCCCUGGUCUCUCUGAACAUGUGAGAUAGCAUCUCUUACAGCCUCUGCGCCACAUUUCCUGCCCUCCUUGGAAAUCGUUUUGCUCAGAUGUUGAGUUGAGGUUUUGGUCGACGUCAUCUCCUCUCCUCGCCCAGAAAUGUACUCACAGCUCACGACCACAAACUUACUCACGAGCUGAAACUGUUCAUCGCUGGAGCAGAAGCUGUGGGCACGCCGACAUUACCCAGAGGAUACCAUGAUCCUGUCCAAUCAGGCCGUACAAUCGAUCUUCUGCUGCUGCUGCUGUACCAGGAAUAAAGGAGAGAAGGGCACCCGAAGAAAGGCAGAGAGGAGCGAUGGGGAGCGCACGUCCUCCUGCUCCAGCCGAGUCUGCACGUCUGACAGAUCGAGGCGGAGGCCCCCCCCGCCCCCACCCCUGGACGGCGAGGGCAGCCAGCUGCAUGUAGUCGCCCUCUAUGACUUCACAGCCACUGAGGACUCCGACCUGACGCUGCGGCAAGGGGAGGAGUACAAGAUCCUUCAUAAGCAGGAUCAGCUCUGGUGGAAAGCAGAGGACAAGCAGGGGAAUAAAGGUUUCAUUCCAAGCAAUUACGUUGCAGAGAAGGACAGGAUAGAGGCACAUGACUGGUACUGCAGGAACCUAAGCAGAGCCCAAGCUGAACAGCUCCUGCAUCAGGAGGCAAAGGACGGUGGGUUUAUAGUGAGGGACUCGAGCCAAAAAGGAUGUUAUACUGUGUCAGUAUUUACCAAAGCUUUGAGUUCGACAGACGGCUGUAUUCGGCACUACCAAAUCAAACAGAACAGCUUGGGCCAGUUCUUUUUGGCUGAAAAGCACGUCUUCAGCUCCAUACCCGAAGUCAUUAACUACCAUAAAUACAAUGCGGCAGGUCUUGUCACUAGACUGCGUUUUGCAGUGGGCCCCAUGGGACGGUGCGUGCCAACCACAGCGGGGUUCAGCUACGAAAAAUGGGAGCUCAACCCGUCAGAACUGUCCAUCCUGAAGGAGCUGGGAAGAGGCCAGUUUGGCGUGGUGCAUCUUGGGAGGUGGCGCGCUCUCUGCAUGGUGGCCGUCAAGACCAUCAAUGAGGGGGCCAUGUCGGAGGAUGACUUCAUCGAGGAGGCCAAAGUCAUGACAAGCCUCUGCCACCCCAAGCUGGUGCAGCUCUAUGGCAUCUGCAUGAAGCAGCGGCCCAUCUGCAUUGUCACCGAGUACCUGGAAAAUGGCUGCCUGCUCAACUUCCUGCAGCUGCAUAGCAACAGCAGCAGCGAGUGCCUGCUGGCCAUGUGCCAGGACGCCUGCGAGGGAAUGGAGUACCUGGAGAGGAACAGCUUCAUCCACCGUGACCUAGCUGCCAGGAAUUGUUUAGUCACUGAGAAGAAUGUGGUAAAAGUGUGUGAUUUUGGCAUGACAAGGUACGUGCUGGACAACCAGUACACCAGCUCCAUGGGCUCCAAGUUUCCCGUGAAAUGGUCUCCCCCGGAAGUGCUGCACUUCAACAAGUACAGCAGCAAAUCAGAUGUGUGGUCCUUUGGUGUGCUGAUGUGGGAGGUCUUCACUGAAGGAAGGACUCCUUUCGAAAACAAGCCCAACCUUGAGGUUGUGGAGGAGGUCACCCAGGGACGGAGGCUCUAUCGGCCACACAAAGCCUCCUCAGAGGUCUACAGGCUGAUGUACAGCUGCUGGCAUGAGAAUCCUCAAGGAAGACCGUGUUUCUCUGAGCUCCUGGAUGAUAUUAAACACAUCGCAGAGUCUGAAUGAAAAAGGCCAGCGGUUAAAUAUGCACACAGUCUUCAGACCAUCAGUGCUGGUGGUGGCCACAUCUUUACCUCAGCAAAAACAAAUGUGCAAACAUCAAAACUUCCAACUGUAUCAAACUUACACUAUUUUAAAAAUCAACUGAAAUUAUCUGCUUUCAUACUGACCACUAAAAAUAUUUCUGCUGUGCUCGUCUAUAAUUCUAUAAUUAUCCAUAAUUCUUUGGUUUCCUAUUGUACAUUAUCAGAGUUAUUGUAUAUGUCAUAGUUAUUGAAGAACAUCAAAACAUUUUAAUUAUUGUAUAAUUACACUAUUGCUUAAAAUAUGUAAUUAAAUAUAAAAUACGAAUUUCA